GGCUCCUCUCCUGCCUUCGCUUCCCCUCCUCCUCCUCUUCCUCCUCCUCCGCCCAUCACCGCCACUACGGACGCCUUCGCCUCCUUCUACUCCCCGCGCCGCCGCGCCUCGCGCUCCACUCCGCUGCCGGCGGCAGCCCAGCGCUCCAUCCUUGGUGCUGCAGUCUCAAUCCCUCUCUCUCUCUCUCCCUCCCUCCCUCUCUCGCUCUCGCUCUCUCGCUCUCUCUCUCUCUCUCUGUCAAGUUUCCCAUCUCCUCUGGAUCAGGGCAAAGGGAGGAAAAUACCGACUUCUGCUUGCUGUUCAGGAAGGAUGCAGACGAAGCCGAACACCUGCAACGUGCAUGUGCUGCUUCUUGUUUUCUUGGUGUGGGACCCAGCCAGGUUGGUGCUGGCUAACAUCCAAGAAGAUGAAGCUAAAAAUAACAUCACCAUCUUCACAAGAAUUCUUGACAGACUACUGGAUGGCUAUGAUAAUCGCCUUAGACCAGGACUGGGAGACAGCAUUACUGAAGUCUUCACUAACAUCUACGUGACCAGUUUUGGCCCUGUCUCAGAUACAGAUAUGGAAUAUACAAUAGAUGUUUUCUUCCGACAAAAGUGGAAAGAUGAACGUUUAAAAUUUAAAGGUCCUAUGAACAUCCUUCGACUUAACAAUUUAAUGGCUAGCAAAAUCUGGACACCAGAUACUUUCUUUCACAAUGGGAAAAAGUCUGUAGCUCAUAAUAUGACAAUGCCGAAUAAGCUGCUUCGAAUCCAGGAUGAUGGGACUCUUCUCUACACAAUGAGGCUUACAGUCCAAGCUGAAUGUCCAAUGCACUUGGAGGAUUUCCCAAUGGAUGCACACUCAUGUCCCCUGAAAUUUGGCAGCUAUGCAUACACAACUUCAGAAGUCACUUAUAUUUGGACUUACAAUGCAUCUGAUUCAGUGCAGGUUGCUCCCGAUGGCUCCAGGUUAAAUCAGUAUGAUUUACUGGGACAAUCCAUUGGGAAGGAAACAAUUAAGUCCAGUACAGGUGAAUAUACCGUAAUGACAGCCCAUUUCCACUUGAAAAGAAAAAUUGGAUAUUUCGUGAUUCAGACCUAUCUGCCUUGUAUCAUGACUGUCAUUCUCUCCCAAGUGUCAUUCUGGCUUAACAGAGAAUCAGUGCCUGCAAGAACAGUGUUUGGUGUAACAACAGUUCUAACCAUGACCACCCUAAGCAUCAGUGCUCGGAAUUCUCUCCCCAAGGUGGCUUAUGCCACAGCCAUGGACUGGUUCAUCGCUGUUUGCUAUGCGUUCGUGUUCUCUGCCCUAAUUGAGUUCGCGACUGUUAAUUACUUCACCAAGAGAGGAUGGGCUUGGGAUGGGAAGAGUGUAGUAAAUGACAAGAAAAAAGAGAAAGCCUCCGUCAUGAUACAAAACAAUGCCUACGCAGUGGCCGUGGCCAAUUAUGCUCCAAAUCUUUCCAAAGAUCCUGUUCUUUCCACCAUCUCCAAAAGUGCAACAACACCAGAACCCAACAAGAAGCCAGACAACAAGCCGGCGGAGGCCAAGAAGACCUUCAACAGUGUUAGUAAAAUUGACAGAAUGUCCAGAAUAGUUUUCCCCGUUUUGUUUGGUACGUUUAAUUUAGUUUAUUGGGCUACCUAUUUAAAUAGGGAGCCUGUAUUAGGGGUCAGUCCUUGAUUCUAGACACUGGAUAUCUUUGGGAUUUAUAGAAACUUACACUUGGUUUGUUUCGGUGCGUGCAGCCUGACUAAUAACUGCUAAUCUGUGAACCAAUAUGUACAGUCUGUAUAUAGUGACAUUGCUUACCAGUAGACCUCUAAAGGAGACAUGCAUUUGCUAACUCAUGGAACUACAGGCAGAAAACACUCCAUGCCAAAAAAAAAAAAAAAAAAAAAAAAAAAAGACAAAAAAAAAACCAAAACCAUUGCCUUUUCUAAAAGACCCCCUACCCCACACCUAGGAUCUGGUUUGAAGCAAAUUUCUAAUGACAUGAUUUAUUUUCUAUUGUUCUAAUAAUGAUGGGCAUAUUGACCCUAUAAAGCCCUUUGUGAAAUCCUUUGGUUGAUCUGUGGUUGCCUAAUUAUGAUCAAUUAACAUUUUCAUUCAAGAGGAAUUAUCGGAACAAGCAGAAGCUACGACCUUCACCAUCAGCUCCUGUUAUGCGUGCUCAAAAUCACUGCUAGUUUGAUGGAAACUUGACACACAUAAGGAAAACAUCUAGCCACAUGAAGCCAGCUUUUAAACGCUGCGUAAUAGUACCUACAGCCAUGUACAUAUUUCAGCAUGACAAGCUCAAAUACUAUGAGUCACCCUGACAGGAUGUUAAUUAUGCUUAAAUUUAAUAACCAUUGGAAUGCCACAAUCAUUAUAUUUUUAGCUUCAGAGUUUAUGUGAAAGCAAAGAAUGAGAUCCUACAACUUACUUCAAUCAAUAGAAACACCUUAAAUUAAAAAAGAAAGAAAGAAAAGUGGAGAGAAAGAAAGACAGUAGAUGUGGUUUAGUUGUUUCAGGUAUGCGUUGUUCUGAAGUAAGUAGAUGGGCUGGAUUUUUCUGAUGCUGGAGAUGGGAGGGAAGGAGCAUCCAGUAUUAACAAUGGAUUGGAAAACUGUGCCAAAAACUCCAAGUGGUGAGAAUCCAUAGGUGUCCCAGACUCCGCAUGAGCACUUUUAUGAUUCUUGUCCUUCCUGUUUACUGCAAAUUCUGCCUUAAGGCUUCUUUUCAUAGAGACUCAGAAGCCACUAACUAUAAAGGAAAGGGUUGUGAGUUGGCACAGUUUCCUGUCAUGAAGGCAGUUCUUUUGGGUAAGAAAUAAUGUAAAUCUGCUUUUGUAAAUUGCAACUUUCAAUUUCACUGACUCAAAUUUACAACUGCUUUGUAUACUAGAAGAGGUUUUGGUAAGAGCUGAACAUUUUUAAACCACCACUUUAAAGCUUAACCUAUACAUUGUGGAUUAUUUCACAAACACACAAAUACACACACACCUCUCUCACUCACACACUCAUACUACAUAAAAUAUAGCUAAAUUAAAAGCCACAAUUUUCAAUUUUAUAUGAUUACUGUUAUUCAUGGGUUUAAAAAAAUCAUUUUUCUUUUUAAAAUAGAUAAUACAAUUUAUGCCCUGAAAUGUGCUAAUAAAAAUAAACCACUAGAUUCAAAGUCCCAUGCAAAGCAAAAAUAUUUUUGAUUGAUAUAUACAUUAGCAGUUAUUAGUUGACUUUUAAAAAUAAAUGCACCUUCUCGAUGAUGUUUUUGUAGAAACACAAGUAGUCAAGUUGUGACAUUUCUUGCAAUUUUGUACAGUAUUUGAGUAUAGUGUAAAAACAGGUCUGUUCACAAAAUUAAUAAAAGGAGCUUCUCAUGGAAGCAAGCAAAACCUCUACAAGAAUUACUUUUCUUUUGCCCAGUUUUUUUUUUCGUUCUCCUUGUUUCAUGUGAUUCUACUAUGUGUUUUGCAUGAUGGAGUCAACACCAAGGUCACAAAUACAUCUUAUUAGUGGAAUUUGCUAUGAACAGAGCCUUGAUAUUAAAACUUUCCUCAAAAAAAAGUCAUCCAUAAACUUUAACAGAAUAAAAUUGUCAUGUGGGUCUGUAAAUGCAUUUCUCUAAUUCCUUUCCAGUAACACAUCUUCUUUAUUGCCAUCUAAACAGUUUCUUUUUGUAUGUACACUUUUUUCAUUUAUUCAAAUAAAAGAUAUCCUAUUUUCUUACAUGAUUAAAUAUAGCAUAGCACUUUUGUGUUGAUUAAGGAUAUGUGCAAUUGAAGCAGAAACUACACUUGAAGGCAAGGAACUGAAAAUGCAUUAUAUGGUAUGCAUUUCAAACACUAAGAAUAACAUUAUACACCCCCCUUUAAUGUAUAGAUUUAAAUGAUAAAUUAUUUAUAAAUAUGUAUAUAUGUAAAAUAGUGUUAGUUAUCAGUUUCUGUAAGAAAACAGAAAAGAUUGAUCCAUAUCUUCAGCAAAGUGCUGUGACUACAUUGUUGGUAAAUUUUGUUCAUGUUUUGUCUAUUUUUGUUCAGGUUGACUGGAAAACUGGUUAUCAGCAUUGUUAUUCUGUGAAAUAACUGAGUUAUAAUUUUUCAUGUCAAUCAUUAAAAUCUUAUGUGAGCCUAAUGAUAUUCUGAUAGAUUGGAUUACCCAAUGAUGCUGUUCAUAAUUUUCUGUUAUUUCUCUAACUUAGUUGUAUUUUGAACUAUAUCUUUAUACUUUUAAAUUUUAAAUAUAUCAAAGGGAACUUGUACUCCUUUUGAGGAGAAGGAGUUUGUUCCAUGGUAAAUAUAAAUAAAUAAAUAAAUAACAGAAUCAGAGUUUUAUCAUACUCUUUCAAAAACCAGUUUAAGCCAGGCAUAGUGGUACAGGCCUUUAAUCCCAGCAUUUAGGAGGCAGAAGCAGGAGGAUCACUGUGAGUUCAAGGCCACCCUGAGACUACGUAUUGAACUACAGGUCAGCCUGAGCAAGAGUGAAACCCUACCUCAAAAAAAAAAUAAAAAAUAAAUAAAAAUAAAAAGUUUAAUAAAAUGAUAUAAAUUUACAAGACAAAUUUUUCAAAUGAUACAUCAUUAUAUUCAUGUUGAUCUCUUUUGUUUAUAAAAUUACAAUUAAAUCAUUUUACAUAGUUGUGCAAUAAUGACAUAACCAGUUACAGUACAUGUAACAUAGAUAAAUCCAUGUAUAUAGAGAGAAAUGUCUCAAUUUUUCAGUUCCACUAAAAUGUUUUACCCCUUAGUCUGUAUCAUGCUUGUGAGCCAGUAUUAAUGUCACUCACAUCACGUCUAUAGAAUCUAGUUGAAAGUGGGUGUUUCAUUCUUAAAAAUGCCUAGAUAUUAAAUGAAACAUGCAAAGUAAUUUAGCACUCAGCAUUGCUUCAUGUGGUGUGAUUCUCUACCAUGCCAACCAAGAUGGUGGCUAUUUUCUGAUAUCCAUUUUCCUGUCUGAGCACAAAAAUAGAACUGAAAUAACAAAUUAAUAUUUUUAAAAAAAUUCCUGAUGUUUUCAGUGACAAUCUUAACAUUUCAAAACUGUAUCAGGAAUCUACUUAUACUUUAUCUCAGGUUUGGAUGUGAUCACCUUGAGCAGUAUAGUAUUUCUAAUGUUUCCUCAAAAAAAUUUCAGAAUUCAUUCUUUUUACAAUUACACACUUUUACUUCACUUAUAUUUUCUUUAUAUGUUUUCUAAGAUAUAUUUAAUAUCAUGUAGAUAUAAAUACAUGGUGUAGAUGUAAAGAUGUGGAAACAGAGGCAGAUUUUCUGUGGAUCUCACAAGAAUUUAUAUGAUUUCGUUUGUAUUCUGAGUUGGUGAAAAUAAUUGACAAUGGUAAAUUUGGGAAAAGAAUCAAAUGUCUAUGGAUCCUAUUGGUGGAAUGGCAUUUAAUCACUCCAGUGAGAGGAGAAGAAUCAGCUUGUAAACUUCUGCGUGGUCAAUGCCCUUCAGUAUCUACAAAAAUACAUAUUCUGUGUGCUCACAUAUGCUCAAGAUUUCAGAUACCAGUCUGUGUAAAUGAAAUCUUUGUUAAUGAAAUCUAGAGACAUGAAAAGGGAAACAGAUUAUAUUUGUAAUUAGUCCUCAAGCAUUCCUAUAUUCAUGUGCACAUUAUUAGAUGUUUUUCGUCUGGAAUGAUUUGUAGUUUAAAGGGAUUAUGAGAUAACCACUUACUGAUGCAUAGUGCCAUUUGUUUUCUUUUUCAUUGAGGUUUCAUGAGCUAUUCUAGAUUUCUCUUUACUAAUGCAAAGUACACAGAGUAUACAAUAGAUACGGGGGACAUGUGUGAUCAUUUUUAACAUCUGCAUGUUUGGGAAACAUACGAAGUGUUCCAAAAGCACUUGUACCAGUGUGAACAAGACAAAUUAUGACAUUUUCAUUAUUAAAUUCAUGCUUUGAAAAUA